AUGCUCGCCCAAGUCUUCAUCAUCGCCGCCUUCUCCUUUGCACAUGCCGCAACUCUCUCCGUCGAUACGCCCAAAGCGCCACUUGCCAUCGUCCCAUGCGGGCCCACCAUAGUCACCUGGUCGGGCGGCACUGCCCCGUUCAAUAUUCGCCUGCUGGACGGCGCGCAGGACUUCAUCGAGGAAAUUAAGCAGAACGCAACGAGCAGUCCGGUACAGUGGACAGUAAACCAGGUCGGCGGCGCGAUCCUCGUGUAUUCCUGCAACGGCGUCUUCCAGCUCUACGACCGCAUCCAGCUCUACGACCGCAUCCACCUCGGCCUCGAGCAGCGGUACCUCCCCUUCAUCCACUACGAGGCCUAA